CAGUUCUCAAGGCAUUUUCGUUUCUCGAGGCAUAUUUCGUUCCUUAUAACUUCACGGGUUCCACUUGUUUGUCUCUACACAUCCCUCCCAUCUCUGUUCCCAAGUCCUGCACCACCCAGAAUCGGCAAUGGAUCAUUUACCUAAAUUGGGCGCGUACUCGUCAGAGCUCCAAAAAGCUCUGUAUCCGCGCCCUCUUCGAUUAGGGGAGACACGAUUACUCUCAUUCGUAUCUCUCCAAGAUUCUGUGCUGCAUUGCAAGCUACGACCGCUGGCUGCCACAACAGACGAUACCUCGCCAAUACCGUACCAUGCGCUUUCUUACGUUUGGGGAAAUCGGGAGUCUGAUUUGCAACGGAUGGUUCUCAAUGACCAGCACAUUCUCAUCACGCAAAAUCUCCAUGCAGCGCUCUGUGCGAUAUGGUCCUCGGCACCCCGUCCUCACAUCUGGGCAGACGCACUUUGUAUCAAUCAAUACGACAACGACGAGAAGAACGUCCAAGUUACUAGAAUGCACCACAUCUAUUCCAUGGCAUCAUGCGUCCGAGUCUGGCUGGGCGAAAUGACUCCGCCAGUCGAAGCAAUGCUACCAUAUCUCCCAGAAUACGACAGGUUGGGAGACACAUCUUACACAGACAACAGUGGCUACGGAGAUUGGUCAUGCAGCUGCCUAGGCCACACAGGGCCAACCUCUCGCCCGAAAGAAGUCUGUCUCCAUCGACGCCCAAAUUGCUUGAAACCUGGCGACCCGGCGCUCGACAUGUGGGCGGCUGUCCUUUACGGACUGAAUGAUCUCCUCAGUCGGCAAUGGUUUGCUAGAGCAUGGACAAUGCAAGAAGCGAUUCUAGCACGGAAAGCUAUCAUGCAUUUUGGCUCCCACUCCAUGCAGUGGGAUGAUUUCAGAAUUCGUUGCUCAAAGACUGAUGGCAGUGGCUUGCAAAUCAGAAACUAUCUCGUACGAGAAGUAUUCGCUGCCCAAGGCGCCAUUGAGAAGAGAGUGUACUCAAUGUCUCAAUUCCUAGUCCUGGGGUGGCCAAGAGAGUGCUUUGAUCCCAAGGAUAAGGUUUUCUCGUUGUUCGGACUCCUCCCAGAGAUGCCGUUCAAAGUUGACUAUUCGAGGUCUUUGAGGGACGUGUAUAUUGCUGCUACAAGAGCUUGCAUUGCCACCGAAAAGAAUCUACGUGUCCUUAGUGCCGCGGGACUGAGUGGAAAUGCCGGCGGAGAGAUGGGGGAGUGUGAUGAGAGUUCUGAUGCAGCUCAGCCUGAGCAAUGCAAAUGGUUUGGGAAUUGCUCCCAUAGCAAUGGCCACUGUCAGCCUGGUGGCUCGCAGAUUUCUUCCAUCCAACGAGAGUUUCCUUCAUGGGUUACUGAUUGGCGGGCAGAAGGAUGCAAGCAAGCCAUAAACCAGACAGAUUGGUACAUGACUGUCGCAAAUAUCGAUACAGAGCACAUCGGCAGGGCCAUCGCGCUUCAGCAAGUUGAUGACUCAAGUGGAUGUCUCCUUCUUACAGGCAUUACUCUCGGUCGGUUCAGUACACACAAGUCCUUCAAAAGAUAUCCAAUCAUUAGAGCGGAUGGCAGCGUGUCAACGUACGGGUGGCGUUCAUUUGCCGGUGCAUUUGUCGAAUUUCCGCCAUGUACAGCUAAAAUCAGGGAUGAGGGCGACCAUGCACUUUCCAACCUUUCCCCAUUUUCCCAUGCUGUUCAUCAGCACGAUGUCGGCAAGUGUGAUUGCACCGAAGAGAUUCGGCAAAAUCCCUUGAAUUCCAUAUACUCUGUUGGCGUUUGGGAGCACCACAAACUCUGCACAGACGGCGAUUGGCUCUGCAUCUUAGAUGGUGCAGCCGCUCCAUUCAUCCUUCGUCCGGAUCGCUCACCUCUCUCCACGAAACAAUGUUCACUCCCAAAGUCAGCAGCAUUCACUCUUGUCGGUGGCAUGAGAAUCAGUUUCGUUCAUUCCAGAGGUCAGUACGGGGAGCUUUUGAAUGCGAUGAAGGAACCGCUGGGCACCUAUUUGGGACAGGCUGGUGAAGCGAGAAUCAUCAGUGAGAAAAAGGCGAAGGAGACGUUGGAGAGGACGGGGAAGGAGGACAAGAGUUGGUACUCAGAUGCUAUUGAAGGGAGAAGACCAGUGAAGGGAGUUGGUGGAGUGUUUCAUUUACACUGAGAAUUCUAGAAGUGCAAACCUUCUGCGUUUUUGAGCUGGAAUGGAAAAACUGUGAGAGAACGAUAAUGUACUUUAUGAAUAGUCUCAUUUGAAAAUAUUGUGUAAAUAGUUUUACUUUGGAGCUUUAGUUAUGAAUCUCCUUUUCUCCUUAUGAACGUCAUUUGGCCUGAGCUGUACUCGAUCUUGUCAGAGUGCGUAGUCAAUCAACUAUUUCCAAAUUCCAA